UGAACUGACCUGUGAAGGGGGAGGUUUACACUCGCCGCGCGCGCCGCAUUGACGUCACUUCCCGUGCCGCGUGGUGCGCGUUGACGUCAUUAAGCGCGGUCGCGCACCUCUCAAACUUGGCGCGCGAGGCUCCGUGUGACUGACGAGAUGGACGAGCUGGAGGCGAAGCUCUGCGAGCUGGUGCGCCGGUACCGGCACCUGUACGACCGCUCGGUGCGGGAGUACAAGGACCCGCAGCUGGCACGCAGCUCCUGGAAGGAGAUCGCGUCGACGCUCGCGAAGGACGACGUGUUCUGCAGGAAACUGUGGAAGAACCUCCGCGACCGGUUCGUGAAGGCGAAGAGGCGGCGCGCCGCCAGAGGGGGCGCUGCUGCGGCGGCGGCCGGGAGCAGACCGCUGCCCAUCCUGGCCGAGUUGGGAUGGUUGUCCACCUUCGUCAGGCAUCGGUCGACGGAGUCCGAGUUGGAAUGUGAGGUUUGCUCCGUCACCAUUGCCCGUAAGACGGACAUGAUGAGUCACCUGAAACGUCACGUCAACAAGGGAGAGACUGAGGCGAGUUACUCCGGCAGCUCAGACGUUCCGUGUGAAGAGCCCGCUCCGUCUGGUCAACCAUACGAGAUCAUGAAAGAACUGGGAACCAACGUCCAGCUGCUGCCGAACCACACGACGCCCCAGAAGAGUGACACCUACUUCAACCGCAAGAUGAAGACCAACAGGCAGCUGGUGUUUUGUUCGCUGGCCGUUCUGGCCGAAGAGAGAAACCCGCUCGAGUGUCUGGACGCGUUCGGAGCCACAGGCAUCAUGGGCCUUCAGUGGGCCAAACACCUGCGCACCGCCGUCAAGGUCACCAUCACAGACAUCAGCGACACCUGCGUCAAAAUGAUCAAGGAGAACUGUCAGCUGAACCACAUCCGCUGGCGAGGCCCCCGGGGGCCCGACGGGGCUGGCGGCGAGGUGGAGGGCACGCCCAUUGCCUUGGUGGAGGUUGCCAAGAUGGACGCCAACGUCAUCAUGCACCUGCGGCCCUUUGACUUCAUUCACUUGGAUCCGUUCGGGACGGCGGUGAACUACCUGGACGCCGCCUUCAGAAACGUCCGCAACCUCGGCAUCAUCUCCGUGACGUCCACGGACACGGGCUCGCUGUACGCCAAGUCCCCCAAUGUCACGCUGCGUCACUACGGCUGCAACCUCGUACGCACCGAGUACUACAGGGAGCUGGCCGCUCGCAUGGUGGUCGCCGCCGUGGCCCGGGCGGCGGCGCGCUGCAACAAGGGCAUCGAGGUGCUGCUGGCGGUGGCGGUGGAGCAUUUCGUCCUGGUGGUGGUGAGGGUCCUCAGGGGCCCGACGCAGGCUGACGAGUCGGCCAAGAAGCUACGGAAACUGGUCCACUGUCAGUGGUGUGAGGAGAGAGUGUUCCUCAAGCUGGGCAACAUGGUGGACAACACGCUGCCCUGCAACUGUCAUGGAAGUCUGCCCGGGAAGACGGCGGUGCAGCUGGGACCGUUAUGGUCCGGCCCUCUGUUCAACACGGGCUUCCUGAGGAAGAUGCUGUUGGCGGCGGUGAAGUACAGUAUGGACGACAUCCAGCCGCUCGUCAAAACUCUGAUCUGCGAGUCCGAGUGCACGACGCUCAAGUCUCUGGUCCACGGGCCGUCGGCCCUCACCAACCAGGUGGAGUGUGGCGUCGUCAUCAAGACGUUACAGAGCGGAGAGGAGGCGGGGCCUGAUCAGUCAGGGAAGAGGAAGAGCGGCGGCGAGGAGUCGGGGAGCGUGUUGAAGAAGCUGAAGUCCGACGCGUCUCUGGAACAUCCGCCGUUCUACUACAGCAUCCACCGCCACAGCAUCCGCGGCAUGAACAUGCCCAAGCUCAACAGGUUCCUUCAGUACCUGACGGACGCCGGCUUCAGGGUGAGUCGGACUCACUUCGACCCGACGGGGGUUCGGACCGACGCCUCGCUGGAGAAGUUUAAAUCCGUCCUCACUAAGUACAGCGUCCCCACGUACACCAACGCCACCGCCGCCGAGACGAGCGUGAGCUCGGAGAAGACGGAGUGAGCGAGGCUGAGGCGGCAAACAAACUUCUGACUCUGCACUGAACAUCUGUAAAAAGAAAAACUGCUUCGUCCUCGUGCGACGUACAAACUAAUGUGUAUUUUUAUUUUCAAAUGAAAAACCAAACUGAAGCUGCAGCUCGAGUCCUGUUCGUCUAUUUAUUUCAGAUUCUCCUCUGAAUAUGGUACAAGGUUUUUCUUGUCACCUGCUCAUUGUGGUUUUUUUUCUUCUUUUGGCUUAAAAACAAUAAAAGUCUUUCUGCUU